AUGUUCCUUUCAAACGUCUCCGAUCGAGAAGACUAUGAUGAAGCAUUUAUUACGUCAUCGGAGGCGGCUAAAGUGGUCGGGGACGACUGGGUGCUGUGGGUCCGUAUCAUCGUCAUCCUCUGUGUCUGUCUGGGUCCACUGUCAAUCAUUUGUGACGUCAUCGGUUUUGUCAUAGGGAGGAAGCUACCUGUGGAUACUCCGACGCCUGUGAUUCUUCAGUACUUGUCGGUUGCUGACUCAGUCUUCAUAUUACAGCUCACAGCUACAUCUGCCGCAUACUUGGGAAUCAUUCCGCGUCUUCGAGUGGCGAAUGUGGCGGCUUGCAAGAUAUUCUCCUUCUGCAACUGGUUCGCACACAUCGCCAUGCAACUCAGCUACUCCGCUCUCAGUCUGGACCGGGUUCUGGCACUGUAUCUGCCAUUCACAUACCACACCUGGACCAGAAGACAGGCUGUGGUACCUCUGAUUACAGUGACAGCUAUCAGUGCCGUCGCUUCUGUCAUCCCAAUCUUAGGCUACGGCAUCAUGCACUCCAGCAACGAGGAAGCAUAUGAUGGAAAUGGUGACACGUUCUGCAAAGCAAUGCUUUCGGCCGAGUCAUACGUCGACAUAGUGAGUUAUGUUGUCAAUAUGACUAUUCCUGUGGCGCUUGUAGUUGUUUUCAACUGCAUGAUCGUGGUAGCACUGGUGAGAAAGCCGAAAGUGCAGAGCAGUGGCAGGUUUGUCAAUAGUUAA